AUGAAAGUCUCCAACGCCCCUGAAGGACAGCACUGGCAAGCCUUUCGCACAAGCUCAUCGCCUGAGGUGCUCACCAUCGAAGUACGGCGCGAUAAAACCGGUCAACUCAUCAUCCUCUGGAAGGAUAUCCAGCGAGUCUUCAAGGAUGCCGAAUACAUCAAGCACGACUCGGCAGCCGUCUCGUUUUUGGUUGACGACGGUUUCGAAGACAUCAUCCCUUUAAGGAUCGGACACUAUCCCAAUGUGGUUCUUGAGGUCGUCUUAGCGCAGCCGAGUCAUCAGCUUGAUGACCAAUCCGCCGAAGCUGGCUUGGAUGCCGUGCCUCUGGUAGACCCUACUCCAGGACUUCACAAUGUACCCAACAUUGCGCCCAACAAGAGCGUAAACAACAUCUCCAGAGUUUCCACAUUGCCUCCUGAUUAUGUCCAAGCAACAACAACAACAUCUGCAGCACCUGUGUACAGCAAGGGCUCAAGAUCUAUUACUUUUAGUGCCAUCCGAGUGCCCGGAAUUGUCACGGGGCACGUCCAAGUAGGUGGUAACAGCUCUGAAGGCGACGCAAGUGCAGCUGGUGCUGAGGGUGUCCGACCUCCCGCCAAUAGUCCACUUGGAGCCGAAACCAUCCAGCCUUACAGUGAGAUUAUCCCUCCCAACAACGACAGUCCAUCUACUAUCGAAAUUGCUACUCCCAGCGCUGAAAAUGAUGAGCUCGCCGUCAACAUCGGUCAGUCGAACCCUGACAAUACCAGCCAGAUCACCCUUGAUAUUAGCGACUAUGACCACCACUCUGUCAAUAUCAUAAAUCCUAGAGCACACCAAUCUUUCCGGAACUACAAACAACUCUUCAAAUCCUUCUCGCAGGCCAUCGCGCUCGACCACAUACGUCAGACGGAGCAGACCAAGCGUGCCAUGACCCAGCUCUUCGACAGUCUGGCGGAUGAGAGAGCAAGGAACAUGCCUCUUCAUCUUGCGAUGAAGGAUAUGGAAGAAGUGAUACAGCAGAUGGAGCAGCAGGCCCUCGAUCGACUGGCCAUUAUCCAGAAAAGAGUCCGAACAACCCUCGCACGGACUCUUGAUUUCCAAGAAUAUUCAGGUCCGAGACUCUUUAUCGUGCUACCAAAGAUCUUGAGGCCUCGCGACCAUAGCCUCAGCCUCACUGCAAGUCAAUUUCGACUCUACUUUCUGUGUGAGUGUGGGCCCCACACUAUGUCGGAGAACACCAGGAGACCGCAUGAGAUACACUUUGCGAAUCACGAAGGAUAUGACCUGGAGCGUCCGGAAGAGUUCUUCAAGAGAUACAAGACCUACGUCCUUACAAUGGCCCAAAUGAUCAAGUAUGGAGCCACGGUGGAGGGCGUUGUAGUUCCAGCAGUGGAACGCUUUGAGCUUGCAGACGAGACGGUUCCGGGUCAGGGACAUUUCAAAUUUAUGAAGGAGAAUCUAGGUUCUUUGGUGGAUGCAACGAUCAGCUUUGUCCAGAAACAGCAGUGCGGCACUAGUGAUGGCAAGGAUGACAGAGCCGAACAAACGGACACAGAUGAACAACAUGAACCAAAAGGAGCAGAUCUACGGGAGCUAGAAUGGUAUCUGAAGUUCUAUUCCACGAACUACAUAUCUGGUAAUUUGCACCGGAUCAUCACUCCAGAGGAGCAUGUCAAGUGCGUGUGUGCCGACCACUAUCGGGAGAGCAACUUCAGCACAGUGACGAAGGAACUUCGGGAUUUCCUCCGAUCGAACGGAGGUGUUCUUUACGAGGAAAUGGGCAAAGUUAUACUCUCAUUAGCAACAGCCAUGCUUGCGCAGCAGUUCUAUCUAAUCAUUUCUAAAGGAUGCUGGAUUCAGGACCUGUCGAUCUCCCUGGAUUGGAUCGUUGGGAUCGAAGAUCUUCGAGCAUUUGCGACUGCUGUUAACCAGGCGCGUAUUCUCCACUUGACCUUGCGUGGAACCCCUCUACAAACUGAAACCAUAGAAGGAUCCGAUAUGGCGGUGAUGGCAGGCGCUGUAAAGCACCACUGGUUUGAUCCAAUUGUCCAGGCGAUGUCCGACGAGGGAAUUCAAGAGAAGAAGAGCGAGGCGCUCGAUUGGGGAGCUAUGUUGCACGUAUCCGACCCUGCGACGAUGACAUUAAUUUUGGAUUGGCGUGAAGACCAUGCGGACGGCUUCUUUGACGAUAUGAUCAGUGCCCUUCAGCAUCUCAAGACAGCAAGGAUAUACAGACAGCAGUACUUCAUGAAUGCGACGUUUUCCGAAGGCAGGAUUAAUCUCAUUGAGGCGGUGGUCCCAUCUCUGGAUUCGAUCCUCGACGAUGACUGGCGACUCCUUGAGGAGGGCUAUCUUUCUAAACUGACCAUCUACAGAGAGCCGAUGGCGGAGAGAUGGAACCGACUGUUCCUCAUCCUGCAGCGCAACCCCAGACUUUCUUAUCUCCGAAUUGGCGAGCUAAGCGACAAUUUCUUCCGACUUGCGCAAUUGAUUGCCUUGAUCAAGAAAACAAUUGGUUUGCGGGAAGGCUCCUCCGCAUUGCGCAAGGUCAAGUUCUAUCCCCGUGACACAGGAAUACCAUCCUCGAUCACCAUAAUCGGGCCAACUGCAUCUAUUAGGAUCAGCACGCAGGAUCAAAGGAAUAUUCCCAAUACGGGCACUUCCAAAGAUCCUCAUAAUUACGACAAUUGGUAUAUUAAGCGCCUGAAAAUGACUUGGGGCACCACAGACGAUCUGGCGCUGCGCCUCGACAAGUUGACCAACAGUCAGGUCUCUAGGAUCACGACCCUGGAACUGCGUCCCAGAGACCUUUCAGCUAUCGGCCUGGAUUCCAUAGAUCGCGUCAUCGAGAAGUCAAAGUCUCUGCGCAAAUUUUCCUUGAUUCUCACCAGCCUGGAGGACGAGAUACAGCUGAAGAAAGCGGAGCGACUGCUCACUCGGUAUAGCACCAUGCUAACGUCCCUCUCCCUGGAAGGUGGCGAAAUACAUCGAUGGAGGCUCAGACUUCAGCCCAUUUGUUCAUCCAGACGCGAUUUGCCUCGCAUGGAGACAUUCUGUAUCGAGGGCUGGGGUACUGAUACCGUCGAGUAUGUACAAUGGAUUGCCGCCCUGGUAUCAAACCCGUUCGAACCAUCCGUGUCAUACACACCAUUUGCCGAGUCGUCUGCUCAAGAAGGCUUUAUCCACGAAUUCGUCAACACCCCUGAUGAGGCGCGCCUGGCGUAUAGACCUCUUAAGGAGAUCCGACUGACCGGGUUCGAUCUCGAGAGCGAGAACUGGAGCCUAUUAUUAAGAGCCCUUGAUUUUGCUGAACUCGAGCGUCUGGUGUUGAGGUGCAGUAAUUUCAUGCUGGAGCAACUCGAGCUCUUGAUCGAGUGUAUUUCCCUUGACGAGGGUUCUACCUUCCCACUGACGCUGCUCUCUGUUGAGAAUAGUGCCAAAGCGAAGGACAAGCUUAUGAGUGCAUCGAAGGAGCUGCAGGAUAGGCUGAGACACAAAGCACCGUUCAUCAGCAUUGUGGAAGAGACUGAGGAUCCUGAAUGA